AUGGACCUCUGUGAGGAAGAUGAAGUGGAAGUCUACACGGGCCACCAGAAACAAAGGCUAGAGUCUUCUACCUGUCUGUCUGCAGAGGAUGACAGACGAGAGUUGAAGGACCAGCGUCCUAAUUCUCCAACAGCCAGCUGUGUGUGUGUGAAGACUGACAGGUCCAGAGAUGAGCCUCCAUAUUUAAGCAACAAGCCACUACCAGUGGACUCAGCUGACUCCAAGCCCAAAAGUCAAAAACAGAGGCCACUGUCUCCAACACCUAGCUGUCUGUCCAUGAGGAGUGACGAGUCCAAGGGACUCUUGUCUUCAAGAAGGAGCAAAAGUCAGCUCUAUCAGAGCCAGAGACCUGACUCCCCAACACUGAGCCAUCUGUCUAUAAGUGACCAGUCCAUGGGAAUCCCUCUUGCUUUCAACAGUGAGACAAUUCCAGCUGUCCAUGUACAACAACCACUCAGUCAAGCUUUUAGAAAAGACUCUGAAAAUGUGACUGACGAUGUGCAGGAGGCUUUAAACAAACAUCGGAUCAAUCUUAAAAAGAAGUUUGAAUAUGUCAUGGAAGGAAGUGCUGAAGAAAAAAGUGGAAUCCAUCUGAGCACCAUUUACACAGAGCUCUACAUCACAGAGGGGGAGUGUGAGGGGAUUAAUACUCAACAUGAGGUGUGGCAGCUUGAAACAGUAUUCACCCUAAAAACCUUCUGUGGCACAGCAAUCAACUGCAAUGACAUCUUUAAGCCCUCAACUGGACAAAACGAAUGUCUAAAGGUCUUGACCAAAGGCAUCGCUGGCAGUGGAAAAACAGUUUGUGCACAGAAAGUCAUCCUCGACUGGGUAGAAGGGAAAGCAAACCAUACAGUGAAGAUCUUGUUUGCGCUUCCAUUUCGUGAGUUGAACUUGAUCAAAGGUGCAAAGUACAGCCUGCUGGGCCUGCUAAGCCUUUUCCAUCCAUCACUAGAAAAACUCACAGUGGAGAUGCUUACUAUGUGGAAAGUUGCAUUCAUCCUGGAUGGCCUUGAUGAAAGCAGACUUACUCUGAAUUUCAAAUGCAAUGAGCAUGUGUCCAAUGUCACACAAAUAUCCACAGUAGAUAAACUGCUGACAAGCCUGAUCAAAGGGAAACUGCUGCCCUCUGCUCUACUCUGGAUAACCUGCAGACCUGCAGCAGCCAGUCUGAUCCCUCCUCAGUAUAUCCACAGGGUGACAGAGGUACGAGGCUUUACUGACCCUCAGAAGGAGGACUACUUCAAGAAAAGAUUUUGUGAUGACGAGCAAGCUGGAAAAAUCAUCUCACACAUCAGGGCACUGAAGAGCCUCCAGAUCAUGUGCCACAUCCCAGUUUUCUGCUGGAUGAUUGCCACAGUGUUUGAGUACAUGCAGAGUACAAAUACAGGAGAGCUACCCAAGACCCUGACUGAGAUGUACGCACACUUCCUGAUGGUUCAAACACAGAGGAAGAAUAAUAAAUAUGGGAAAGCUGAGAUGAAUCAACGGGAGCUGAUAAAGACCGACAAGGAAGUUCUUCUGAAGCUGGGGAGGCUAGCCUUUGAACAUCUGGAGAAAGGUAACCUCAUGUUCUACAAAGAAGACCUUGAGGAGUGUGGGCUUUAUGUGAAUGAUGCUGCAUUGUACUCCGGAGUGUGCACAGCUAUCUUUAAAGAAGAGUGUGUACUCUUCAAGAAGAUGGUCUACUGCUUUGUCCAUCUAAGCAUUCAGGAGUUUCUUGCUGCUGUCUAUGCUUACCACUGUUACGCAACUCAGAACAUAAAUGCCAUGAAGAGUUUCCUCAAACGAGAUUCCACUCCCCCUGUACCAUCAGAACUUAUUGCAAAUAAGUUAUUCAAGAGAGCCAUGCCAGAAAUAUCACACACUGAAAGCACAGGCAGUCUGUCUUUACAUGAGCUUUUGGAGGGAGCUUUGGAAAAGGCCUUGGAGAGCAGGAACGGUCAUCUCGAUCUAUUUGUCCGCUUUCUUCAUGGACUCACAAUCGAGUCUAAUCAGCGUGCUUUAGGAGGCCUGAUUGUCCAAAAGUCAAGACCAGAAUCCAUUAAAAAACACAUCCGCACACUAAAAAUGGUUCAAAGGAAGGCAGCCUCAACAGAGAGAUGUAUCAACCUUUUCCACUGCUUGACAGAAAUGAACGACCACUCAGUAGACCAGGAAAUUCAAGAGCUCCUGGAGUCUGAGAACAGAUCAAAGCAGAAACUCUCCGCAGUUCAGUGCUCUACUCUGGCCUACAAACUGCUGAUGUCAGAGAAAGUACUGGAUAAGUUUGACCUCAGGACUUUCAACACUUUGGAUGAAGGGCGUAGGAGACUGGUACCAGUGGUGAGAAACUGCACAAAUGCUCAACUCUCUGGCUGUGGACUCAAAACUGAAGAUGUUUGUGAUGUCGUGGCUUCAGCCCUGAGCUCCAAUCCCUCCCAUCUGAGAGAGCUGGACCUGAGUAACAAUGAGCUUCAGGAUUCAGGAGUGAAGCUGCUGUCCGCUGGACUCCAGAGUGUGAACUGUAAAUUGAGUAACUUAAGAUUAAAGCAAUGCAAGUUGUCAGGAGAGAGCUGUAAAACGCUGGCAUCAACUCUCAGCUCCAGUUCCUCUAGUGUUAGAGAGCUGGAUCUGAGCAACAACGAGCUGAGGGAUUCAGGAGUGGAGUGGUUGUCUGCUCUGCUGGAGAGGUCAGAUCCUUCACUGGAGGCUCUGAGACUCAAUCAGUGUGGAGUCACAGAGAAGUCUUGUGAGUCACUUGCAUCAGCUUUCAGUUCUGACAUGUCCCUGAAAGAGCUGGACCUGAGCAACAACGACCUAAGGAGCUCUGGAGCGACACUCCUGUCUGCUGGACUGCAGAGUCCAAAAUGUAAACUAGAGACUCUGAGGCUGUCAGGCUGUCUGAUCACAGAGGAUGGCUGUGUUUCUCUGGCCUCAGCUCUGAACUCCAACCCCUCGCAUCUAAGAGAGCUGGACCUGAGCUAUAAUCAUCCAGAAGACUCAGGAGUGACACUGCUAUCUGCUGGGCACAAGGAUCCACACUGGACACUGGAUACUCUCAGAGUGGACCAUGGAGGUGAACACAGGUUAAUCUCUGGGCCGAGGAAAUAUUUAUUCCGGCCCACAUUGGACCCAAACACAGCACACAAACACCUGUCUCUGUGUGAACAGAGCGGACAGGUCUCACAUACAGAAGAAUGGCAUCCUUAUCCUGAUCAUCCUGAACGAUUUUACUUACAAGAUCAGGUGUUGUGUCGAGAGGGUCUGACUGGGUGCUCCUACUUGGAGGUAGAUAUGGCUGGUGGAGCUUUCAUCGGUGUGGCAUACAAAGGAAUCAACAGAACUGGUUCCUAUGAAAGCUGGCUCGGAUACAAUGACAAGUCAUGGUGUGUCAGCUGUUUUGGUCGUAACUACAAGGUAUUGCAUGACUGGAGAGAGACCAACAUACCAAUUGCCAUCACAUCACCUAGAGUAGGAGUGUAUCUGGACUGGCCAAGAGGCACUCUGUCUUUCUACAAAGUUACUUCUGAAAGCUUAGUCCACCUGCACACUUUCCACCACAGAUUCACAGAGGCGCUCUACCCUGGUUUUUAUGUAUCGUACAAUACAUCACUGUCUCUGUGUUAGUCUUCUAAAGACUGCAAUUACCACCUUGCAGUUCUAUGCCUCUGUGAACCUGUCAAGUCGCAGUUCACAUCCAUGUCUGUCCAGACUCAUAUGUCAUCAUGACAGAAGACAAUGCUUCAACUACGGAUCUUGUUGCAACAACGCUACAUAUUCUAAAACAUGGAUGCUUCACACACAUCUUCAACCUGGCAGCACAGUUUUAUACACUCAGCACA